AAAUACGGUCGGCUCGAGCUAAAUGCGCCACAGCGAGUUGUUGGACGACAUUGUCGAGAGAGAUCGUCGGUUUCACUGAGCUGUCGCUAUUAUUUUGAGAAAUAAAAAACAACACGAACCCAAAUUUCUGUUAUUUAACAUGGUUAAACUUGCGUUCAACUCCGCUCUCGGGCAGAAAGAUCCGAUAAAGGAGGAGAAAGAACAAGCUUUGAUCCCUCAAGAUGUGGAUGUAGAGGACGUCCUCCGUGUCAGACAGCAGUCCAGGGCCUGGUGCUGGUGCAUGCGUUUGGGCCUGGCUCUUAUCCUGUCUGGUGUGGUGAUGGGCGGAGCUUACCUGUACAGGUAUUACUUCAUUCAGGAGACGGUGUAUUUCUGUGGAGUGGACUACAUGGAGGAGAAUUACAAGAUACAAGACAGCCACGAGGAGGGCGAGUUUGAGCUGCCAACCUCAUCAAGAAGGAUUGAGGAGAGAGUGAGAGUUCUGGAGGACGAGGGAGUGGCUCUUAUUAACAUUCCAGUGCCCAAGUUCAGUGACAGCGACCCCGCCGACAUCGUCCAUGACUUCAACAGGAGGCUGACAGCUUAUCUGGAUCUGCGUCUGAACAAAUGCUACGUCAUUCCUCUCAACACUUCUGUUGUGAUGCCACCCAGAGACUUGCUGGAGCUGCUGGUGAACAUCAAGGCUGGAACAUACCUGCCACAGUCUUACCUGGUCCAUGAGCACAUGAUGGUGACUGGGAGGGUGGAGCACAUGGAACAGCUGGGUUACUUCAUCAACGGCCUGUGCAGAGGCAAAGACACCUUUAAACUGGAGCGCAGAGAGACCGUUUUUGGUAUCCAGAAGCGAGAGGCUCUUAACUGUCACAAGAUCCUGCAUUUUGAGAACAAGUAUGUGACGGAGACGCUGAUCUGUGAGCCGUAGGUGGAGAAGACGGCAGGGUAGCAAAAUAUAACCCCCUUUUGAUGAAUUCCACUCCCUUUUCUCUUCUGCCUUUAAACCUUUUUUUGUUUCUGUCCCGCGUGUGGAUGCAGAUCUCCGAUUUCUUUCUCUGUAUAGCAGCGAUCAAUAUAUCAGAGAGAGGACGUGAGCAAUAUUACGCGUAAAACUAUGUGUGUGUAGGUUAAUGUCUUGACCAGUUUCUCUCUUAGAAAUGAUUUUUUUCACAUUUGGGUUUCGGUUUAACAGGGAGUCUCGGAUAUAUAUAUAUAUAUAUAUGAUAAAUUCUACAUGAUUACUACUAAUGAUUUGACAUGGGAGAGGGAAAGACACGUACAGGAGAAACUAUCAACUGUAGAAGUGCACUAAAUGUGUAGCUUGCGUUUAAAACUGUGAACUUCUGACUCAGAGCUCAGAUUAUUAUUGUACUGGAAGAUAUAUUUGAAUAGAAAUUUGUGUUAUAUGGUCAUUAAUUACACAUGGGAACACAAGGAUAGAUUUGAUUUUUGCACUUUAGUUAAAUGACCAUUUUUGCUCGGCUGUAAGUUAGUACACUGCUCCAGUAUGUCCUCUAUUAAAGACUUUGAAUUUAUGAUAGCGUAAUGUGACUUUUUUUAGUUACUGUAGAUCUAAAAAAAAUCUCAAAUAUUCAAAUCAAAUCUAGACUUAUAAAAUAUGUAACUCUGGGGUCAUUAAGGUAGCUGUGUCAGGGUUGAAAAGAGAGUUUGUAAAGAUUGUCUAAAUUUCCAACAUCAGUUGGAUUUAUACUAUUAUGAACAUAACCCGAGAAAGAUUUCAUGUUAAAAUUGACAAUUAAUACAUUAAAAAUGGACCACUCAA